AUGGCAAGCGUAGAACUUUACACCAAGGAUGCUCGGGUGUGGCUCCCAGAUACUGUGGAAGUGUGGAAGUCAGCAAGGCUCCUCAAAGAUUACGCUCCUGGUGACCAGAUGUUAUUUCUACUGCUGGAUGAUGGCACUCAAGUAGAACACAAAGUAGAUUCCCGAAGAAAUAAUCUGCCACCUCUACGGAACCCCAACAUCUUAGUGGGGGAAAACGACCUCACUGCCCUCAGCUACCUCAAUGAACCGGCAGUCUUACACAACAUCAAAGUGCGCUUCAUCGACUCUAGGCUGAUUUACACGUACUGUGGCAUUGUUCUUGUCGCCGUCAAUCCUUAUGAGAGUUUGCCCAUCUAUGAGGCUGACAUCAUCCAUGCCUACCACGGGCAGAACAUGGCUGACAUGGACCCCCAUAUAUUUGCAGUGGCCGAGGAAGCAUACAAGCAGAUGGCCAGAGAUCAACAGAAUCAGUCCAUAAUCGUGAGUGGUGAGUCAGGAGCUGGUAAAACAGUCUCUGCUAAGUAUGCUAUGCGCUACUUUGCUACAGUCAGCGGGUCCUCUGGUGACGCUGAUAUUGAAGAGAAGGUUCUGGCCUCCAAUCCCAUCAUGGAGGCCCUUGGUAAUGCUAAAACGACUAGGAACGACAACAGCAGUCGCUUCGGGAAGUACAUCGAAAUCGGGUUUGAUAAGAAGCAUCGCAUCAUUGGAGCUUAUAUGCGAACAUACUUGCUGGAAAAGUCAAGAGUUGUUUUUCAGGCCCAUGGAGAAAGGAACUAUCAUAUAUUUUACCAACUGUGCGCCUCAUCUCAUUUACCAGAGUUUAAAACCUUCAAAUUAGGUGAUGCGAAUGAUUUUCACUAUACUAACCAGGGUCGCAAUCCAAUAAUUGAGGGCGUGGAUGAUGCCAAUGAUAUGUGCAACACAAGAAGAGCCUUUUCAUUAUUAGGAAUCUGUGAAAGCCAUCAGAUGGAUAUCUACCAGAUAUUGGCAGCCAUUCUUCAUCUGAGCAAUGUGGAGGUGAAAGAUCAUUCAAGGGAUAGAAGCAGCAUUUCGCAAGAAAAUGCCCACUUGGUGGUGUUCUGCGAGUUGAUGGGGGUGCCCUGUGAAGAAAUGGCCCACUGGCUCUGCCACAGGAAACUCCAGACGACCACAGAAGUAUACGUCAAGGGUGUCUCUAAAAUCGAUGCAGUCAAUGGCCGAGACGCCCUGGCCAAACACAUUUAUGCUCGACUCUUCAGCUGGAUUGUUGGCUGUAUUAACAAUGUGCUCAAAUCGACUGAUAAACGACAUUCAUUCAUUGGUGUUCUGGACAUAUAUGGGUUUGAAACAUUUGAUACAAAUAGCUUUGAACAGUUUUGCAUCAACUAUGCCAAUGAGAAGCUCCAGCAGCAGUUCAAUCUGCAUGUCUUUAAACUGGAGCAGGAAGAGUACAUGAAAGAGCAAAUUCCAUGGACGCUGAUUGACUUCUAUGACAACCAACCAUGUAUCAAUCUCAUUGAGGCCAAGUUGGGCAUUUUGGACCUUCUGGAUGAAGAGUGCAAAAUGCCAAACGGCUCUGACGGCUCAUGGUCUCAGAAAAUGUACAACACACUGUUAAAGCAGAACACUCACUUUGAGAAACCGAGGUUAUCAAAUACAGCCUUCAUAAUCCACCAUUUUGCAGAUAAGGUGGAGUACCAGUGUGGCGGUUUCCUGGACAAAAACAAUGAUACAGUCAAUGAGGAGCAAAUACACGUGUUGCAAAAGAGCAAGUUUGAGUUCUUGCUGAAGCUGUUCAUGGGGAAAGAAAAAGCAACAAGUUCCAGCAAGGGACCCGCUACAAGCGUUAGUGGAAGAUCUGGUCAGUUACAGAGAGGUAAUAAGAAGACCGUGGGACUGCAGUUUCGACAGUCUCUACAUUUGCUGAUGGACACACUUAACUCUACGACUCCCCAUUACGUACGAUGCAUCAAACCGAAUGACCAUAAAGCACCAUUCAGCUUGGACCCUUUAAGGGCAGUGCAGCAACUACGAGCAUGCGGCAUCCUGGAAACCAUCCGAAUAUCAGCUGCCGGAUUUCCAUCCAGAUGGACCUAUCAGGAAUUCUUCUGUCGUUACCGCGUCCUUAUGAAGCAAAAGGAUGUUCUCCAUGAUGGAAAGCAGACUUCUCAAAAUGUCCUAAAAAAGCUCAUCCAGGACCAGAACCUGUAUCAGUUUGGUAAAAACAAGAUCUUCUUUCGAGCUGGCCAGGUGGCCUACUUGGAAAAGCUGCGUUCUGAGCAGUUACGAAGGGCUUGCGUCAGCAUUCAAAAAACCAUCCGUUGUUGGCUGGCACGUAAAAAAUACCUGAGGAUGAAGCAAUCUGCCAUAACCAUUCAAAGACAUGUACGAGGUCACCAGGCACGUUGUUAUGUAGCAUUUUUAAGGAGAACAAAAGCAGCCAUCAUCAUUCAGCGCAGCGUUCGAAUGUGGGCGGCCAGAAGAGCCUACCGAAAGCUGCGCUCAGCAGCUCUUGUCAUUCAGUGCUUCUUCAGGGCGCAUGCAGCUAGAAAGCUGUAUUUUAGGAUGUUGUAUGAGCAGAAGGCUUUGGUCAUCCAAAAGUGGGUGAAAGGCUGGUUGGCAAGGCAGCGCUAUCAACGUUCUCGGGCAGAUAUCGUCCUGCUGCAGAGCUGUGUGCGUCGUGUACUGGCCAAGAAGGAAUUAAAGAAGCUGAAGGUUGAGGCGCGCUCUGUGGAGCAUCUCAAGAAUCUCAAUGUUGGCAUGGAGAACAAGAUUAUGCAAUUGCAAUGCAAGAUAGAUGAGCAACACAAAGACCUCAGAGUGCUCAGCGAGAAACUGACUGUGACUGUCAAGACCCAAGAUAUGGAGAGAGCGCGACACAGCAAAGAGAUUGAAAGUCUUCAGAAAUUAGAGCAAAAGGCCAGAAGCAAGGCAGAAAAUAUCCCCUCCUUGAUGGAGCAGCUUUCCUUCCUUCAGCAAGAGCUGGAGAACACGCGUAAUGAAAAGGAAAUCCUGGAAGAUCAGAGCAACGUCUACAAGGAGCAGACACAACAGGUGGUACAGGAAUUAAAUAUGAAGAACAGCUUGCUGAACGAUGAUAAAGAAAACCUUAAUAAACUCAUUCUGGAACAAAAACAACAGUUAACAGGUAACAAAAUUGAAAAAUUUGUGGAAAACACUGAAAAACUACAGGAAGAGUUAGUUGAAGAGCGUUCCCGCUAUGAAAAACUGAUGUGUGAAUACCUACAACUACAGGAGCUUCAUAAAGACCUAAAGGACGAACUGCAGCUCAGGCUGGAUAAGACCCCCUCCACUGUAGAUCUGCCGCUCAUCCUCAAGUUCCAGAGAAGAGUGAGAGAACUAGAGAGGGACAAACAGUCAUUGCAGCAGCAGUUAGAUGAGAAGAUGGCAGAAGGGGAAGAAACCAAAGUAUGUGACAUAGAGGAGAUAACGGUCGGCAGAGCAGAACUAGAUUUGGAGACGCUUAAGCGUCAAGAGCUGGAGUCUGAGAAUAAGAAGUUGAAGCAGGAUUUAAGUGAGCUACGUAAAUCUCUAACUUGCGAGAACAGUGAGCUGAUACCCCCUGCUGUGGGCUCCACUACUUACAACGUCCUGCUGGAACAACUCACCUCUUCAAAUGAAGAGCUGGAGAUGCGUAAAGAGGAAGUGCUUCUUCUCCAGUCACACUUGGUCCGCCAAGAGGCUAUGAAAUACAAGGACUCUGCGCUCGCAGAGGGUGUAAAUUUAGACCUUAGUGACAUUCCCUCGUUUCAAGAUAUUGACAGUCCUUUAUUACCAUCUUUACCUGGCAGGUCAACUGAUAUCCACACAUUAAAUGAGGAUGGAGAGCUUUGGUUAGCUUACGAGGGCUUGAAGGAGACCAACAGGCUUCUGGAGUGCCAGAUGCAGGAGCUGGAAAGGAAGCACAGCGAAAAGUACGAAAAACUCUUAGCGGAGGUGAACAACCUGAAGAAAGAAAAAGAACAGCAACAGAAGUUGUUGGCACAGACCUUGCUCCUGCCUGAACACGCUCGCAUUGAAGCGAGCAUGGAGCUCGAAAUCACACGGCUCACCCACGAAAAUCUGGAGUUUUUGGAACAACAGGACAAACAAGACAAGACUAUUACCAAUUUGAAAAAAGAGCUUCAACUGUAUAUGAAAAGAGUAGAAGAGUUGGAAGCUCAACAAAGAAAAACCUCCAUUGGGACAAACUCUCCUGCAAAAGCAGUAAGUAUACCUCGCAAGGAGAGGGAGUACCAGGGAAUGUUGGAGUACAAAGAGGGUGAAGAAAGCCGCCUCGUUAAAAGUCUGGUUUUAGACCUGAAGGCCGGCAGUGUGGCUGUCAGUUUUCUUCCUGGCCUUCCCGCUUACAUCAUAUUCAUGUGCCUGCGAUAUGCUGACAGGGUUAACGACGACCAGAGAGCCAGCACACUGCUCAAUACCGUCCUCUGCAGUGUUAAAGGAGUUAUCAAGAAGCGCGGAAAGAAUUUUGAUGUGUCAUCUUUCUGGUUAUCCAACACGUGCCGACUCCUGCACUGUCUGAAGCAGUAUAGCGGAGAUGAAACGUACAAGUCUCACAACACGGCGAAGCAGAACGAGCAUUGCCUGACCAACUUUGAACUGACAGAGUACCAGAAUGUUUUUGCCGACCUCGCCAUCCAAAUUUACCGCCAGCUCAUAAAAAGCAUGGAGGGCACACUGCAGCCUCUCAUAGUGUCGAGCAUGUUGGAGCACGAGGACAUCCAGGGGGUUUUAGGCUCCAAACCAAGUGGUCUGAGGAAAAGGAGCUCGAGUUCACCAGAGGAAGACGCGGUUACGGUGGAUGUCUUACUGCAGCAGCUGGGCCUCUGGUACACCACCAUGGUUAAGCACGGGAUGGACUCUAGCCUCAUUAAACAAGUUGUCCGGCAGCAGUUCUACAUCAUAUGUGCUGUCACCAUCAACCACCUGUUGCUCAGGAAGGACAUGUGCUCGUGGAGCAAAGGGCUCCAGAUCAGGUACAAUGUGUGGCAGUUGGAGGAGUGGCUGGCAGAGAGGGAGCUGAGCGACUGCGGCGCCAAAGAAAUGUUGGAACCUCUUGUCCAGGCCGCGCAGCUUCUACAAAUCAAGAAGAAGACCGAGGCGGACGCUCAGGCUAUUUGCGACAUGUGCACGGGCCUCACCACUUCACAGAUUGUUAAAGUGUUGACCCUCUACACUCCAGUGAUUGAGUUUGAAGAGCGCGUGACAACCGGCUUCAUCACCACCAUUAGAAACAUCUUAAAAGACAGAGAAGAGUUAUCAACACUGAUGAUGGACGCCAAGAAAGUCUUUCUUGUAACACUUUCCUUCUCGCCUUCCUCUGUGGCGCUGGAGGACAUUCAGAUCCCUGCCAGCCUAAAUUUGGACUUUCUCCACCGCAUCUAG